AUGCCACAGCCAGAAGCCAGCAGCAGCAGCAACAACAACAACAACAACAAGCCUGAUCUUAAGGAAUUGGCAAAGAUGCUGUCGGAUGCCUACUACAACAUCUUGCAGCAUUCAACCCUAACGCCAGCCCAGAUGAUCAACAGUUUAAAGCAACUGGCACAGUAUAGCAGCGAUCUACCCACUUCAUGGUUCACGCCACAAUUCCUAGAUACCUUGAUUGCAUUCAAGAGUAGAUUCAUGCUGGAUGGACAAUUGGAAGGCCUUGCCUCCAUCAUUACUUUAUUCUCCAGUUGGCUCCGUCGCUUGAACGCAGUGGAUGAUUCGAGAUUGAAGCUUGUCAUGGACACCUUGUUGGAACUGCUCUUGUCAACAGACAACCGUUAUUUGGCGAUUCAGAAAGACGCAUGGAUUGGCUGGGUAUCAUUGAUGGGAAAGAGUCAGGAUAUCACUUUAUUGGAAGGCAUGACAAAAGUAUUGGAACUGUACACCUUGGGCCACGACGACCAGAGGAUACACGCCUUGUCAGAAGCGUUGGAUGCAGGUGUAGCGCACGCAUUGGCUCAAACAAACGCCCUCAAUGAUUUUGAAGUGGAGUCUUGCCGAAACCUAUUACAUGCUCACAUCCAGUAUUGCGCAAAGAGAGCAGAUGGUCCCCGUGCGAUUAUGACGGCUAUUGAGCAUGUGGUAGAUAUCAGAUCGCAGGAGAAGCCCCAGAGUAGAGCUGAAGCUGACUUAGCGACGCUUGUCAAUAUGGCCAAGGAUGUUGUAAAGGAUCAACCAGAGACAUUAGCUAUCAAUUUCACAUGUUUAGCCGUGUUGGCCGGUGUAGUACGCAUGUUGCAGUUUAAUCAAGGAAAGAAGACAAAAAAGGUGCUUGGCCUAAGACAAGAUGCUGAAAAGGCAUUCAUCACUCAGUUGGAUAUGGCUGUUGACAAGGUUACUUCCCCAGAGCAUGUUCAUGAUGUUGCCAUCAACCAAGACAUGAUUGCUUUCUUUGCUUGCAGAUGCAUCAUACAAAUUCCAUCUGAAUUGACACUUGCCAUGAAGAACCUUUCUACGCUCCUCAAGUUACUUGGCGCAAGCUUAUUGACCAGUCCCUACACCUUCAACAACAGCGAUGUUAUUCACAGACUACAAAAUAAGCCAGAGAUCACAAAAGAAAUGACUCAAUUGGUCAACCAGCCUCUCUUUAAAGACAUUGGCCGUAUUUCCAGAGCCAUGGCCAAAAUAAUAGAAAUUCUUUUGCUCAAUGAGCAAUCUGCUGAUGUAGUGCAAGCCCUCUUGGAUCGCCUGGUUGGAUUCUCUUACAAUGUGUUCUUUGACUGGGAUCAAUACAUUAUGGACACAGCAGACAAAUCAAUGACCCCUGAUGAAGCUAAGAAUUUCAAGGAAUUGGAGAACGCUGUAUGGACCGUCUUCAAGAGCAUGACAUUUGCCUUUACUGUCAUUUUAAAGGCUGUGGCUGUCGAUAUACCCGAUGGAAAGGGCCUCAUUCAGGUUCCUCACGCUGCUCAAGACACCAUCUCGGUGUAUGCCAACUUUAACUUUAUCACUGAGCAUCUGGGAGAAGGUGCAGGUCGUCAAGCCUAUCAAGAUACGUUGACAAAUGCUGUUGCUUAUUUGUUGCAUGAUGACAAUCAAUGCGAGUUGAACAGACUGUUGUCAUUGGCUUUCAAGGAAUAUGCUCCCUCCAAGUUUGUGCAUGACGACAAGCCCACUGUAGAGUUGUUGUCCAUGGUAAAGCAAUCUCGUCUGACCUUCUUUACUGACUUGAUCGAGCAAGUGAUGACCAAUGUGGAUGAUCAAGUGCUGGAAAAUGACAUCUUGCCUGUUAUUUAUCCCGUUCUCAAGUGGAAGCGAAUUGAAAACAAGGAUCUGUAUGAAAGUGCUCAUACGGCUGUCAUCACUGCCUUUAUAGCUGAAAAACCCGUUUCUCGAGAAUUGGCAGGAGUCUAUGCCAAGAUACUGAUCGAUAACUUUCCCGAGCCAAUGAAUCUAGACCAAUUUCGCUUUGGCUUCAACACUUUAAUACAAGCACUGUGUGGCCUGGACGAUGCAUUAGCCUGGCUCACAGUCAAUCAAUUGAUACUCAAGAUUCAUUCCCUUAAUGAGGAAAAGGACAUUCCACUUCGUAACGAAUAUACCACGGCAUUGAUUGAUCUACUCAAACCUCUCUCGCUGGGUCCCUUCUUCCCAUCUAUUUUGGAUGAAAUUAGAACGCUGAUUUUGGCUCAAGAAACUCGUGUCAUGCAGAAGGCUACAAUGAAGAUUCUGUUUGAAACUGUUAGCGGGUCUGGCAUUUCUGAUAUGAGAAGAACUGAAGCUGUUGGCUGGUUUUUGGAGUUGAAACGAGAGUUACAUAUGUAG